CAGAGAAUCCAAUUAUUCCCAACUGCCCGGAUGAAACAAACAUGGCGGCCUCCGUUUGGCGAAAAUCUGGUAUUUUGGAAUGGUUCGUGCCAAGCGAUGCGUUAGAUUUCAAAUUCCUUCGAUAACGUAUCGACUAUAUAAACACAGGUUUUAAUACUGACGUAAGAGGACCUUCCAUGGCGAUCACCAUGAAGUGGAUGCGUAGUAUCUGUCUGGCGUUCGUGGUGUGGGGGUUGCCCUCAGUGUGGACCAGCUACCCCAUCCCAGACGAGCAACUGUUGUAUGAAGACCUGAUGAGGAAUUACCAGAAGUCGGUCCGCCCCGUCAUCAACGCCUCCUACACCCUCAUUGUCAAGUUCGCACUCCGACUCAACCAGAUUGUCGGACUGGACGAGCGGCAGCAGGUUCUUACAAGCAAUGUGUUUAUUGAUCAGGAAUGGGUGGACGAGAACCUCGCCUGGGAUCCCAAAAACUACAAUGACAUUCGCUCACUCCGCGUAGCCGGCAGUAACGUGUGGCUGCCAGACACCUUCAUGUUCAACAACGCAGACGACGGAUCAACCGGAUUCAUGAGCGGCACCUUUGUCCAGGUACACAACGACGGGAGUGUCAUGUGGCCAGUACCGGUCAAACUGAAGAGCUCGUGCAAGGUGGACAUCACGUACUUCCCGUUUGAUGACCAGAAGUGUAUUCUGAGAUUCGGGUCGUGGAUCUAUAGCGGUUCCUGGGUGGACUAUGUUACCAUGUACAACAACACACCAAUCGACAUGGCGUACUACGUCAACAACAGUGAGUGGGAACUACUUUCAGUGACGUUGCAGAAGAACAACCGUCAGUACGAGUGCUGCCCGGAUGCGCACCCUGAUUUGACGUUCAUUCUGCAUAUACGUCGUAAAACAUUCUACUACAUCUUUAACAUCAUCGUCCCGUGUAUCAUGCUGUCGAUACUGACGCUGUUGACGUUCUGGCUGCCCCCGACGUCGGGGGAGAAGGUAACGCUGGGGCUGAACGUCUUCCUGGCGUUCUCCAUGUUUAUGUUGCUGGUGGCAGAGGAGGUUCCGGCCACGUCGGAGGCAGUGCCACUCAUUGGUAUCUAUCUGUGCUUGGUAAUGACGAUGACGUCGGUAUCUGUUAUCAUGGCCGUCAUAGUCAUCAACGUCUACAACCGUGGGAUGAAGAUGAGGCGUGCUCCUGUCUGGAUGAGAACAUUAGCUCUCAACUGGCUGUCUAAGGUCCUUCGUGUCAAACACGACAUAGAACUAGUUGCAAGACACGUAGUACUGGAGGACCACUUCUACGAAGUAACAAAACGCCCUGAUAACACAAGUCAGAUCCGCAAGACUUACUCCAAGUUUGAUAUAAACAAACCCAUCAACAGCCCAAUUUUCACCAGACACAACAACAACUCGGAAGGGUACCAGCCAAUCAGACCACACGUUAGAAACCGAAGGAACAGCAUCGGGGAGCAUCCUGACCAAUGGCACGACCCGUACUAUCGCCAGGACGACCACGAGCCUGUCCACAACGGACCCCCGGGAGCAUCUUUCAGCGAGGACACACCGCCCUGUAAUAUUGUUCCUUCCGUUCUUAUUGAAAGUCCCAAUGCAAGUCAAGCACCCGCUGUGGUUAUCCCCAAUCAGAACGCCUGCUCACUUCAAACAGUCCUCCACCAGAAUACAAACGCCUACCAGAGUCAGGUCGUGUUCCAACACCCCCCUGCAUCAACUUCAGGCCAGGCGAUGCGGUUUGAAGAAGCUACUGACGGUGAUUCUGAUAGUGAAACGGUUAAUUCCAUCCCCCAUCUCAAGAAGGUGAUCGUGGCCGAGUGGCAGAGGAUUGCCGUUGUCGUGGAUAGGUUCCUGUUCUGGUUCUACAUGUUUGUUACCUUCACAUCCUACCUCAUCAUCCUCAUCAUUGUCCCUGCUCAGCACUACACCCACGGCAAGCGAGGCAUCUUCCAAGAAGGGGGAUUUCAGCCUACUGACAUAUAGGUUGUGGAAGAGUGCCAAAACAGUUGGGGAGGAAGACCAUCAAGGGCAUUAUGCCAUCGUCUCUCUCGGAAACCAAUACAUCUGGACGAAAAAUUUGACGAGGCUAAACAAUGCUAUUAGCACCAUACAUUUAACAUGUAUUUUGUGGAGGAUUCUGGUUGGUCAUAAGUGUUAUUGUAGUGUAGCCGAGAGAGAAACCACUGCGGGCAUGUGGCUUUUAUCAUGUUGUGUUGAACCUGACAUAUUAAAUGACAGUGUGAUCAAACACCGAUCUUAAUGACACGAUUGAUGUUUAGGCAGGUUAUGGAACUUUUGAUGCCGGGGCUGUUUGGGAUAUUCAGUACAGUGGAAAACGUUUAACUUCACCUUUCGGUACAGUUCAAACAGGGAUGGAUUCUGUACAAUGCUCAAAAUUGUUGUACUUCAGUCAUUUUAGACGAAUAUUUGUUUAUAUUGCCAGUGCUGUUGGUUUUCAGAGACCUAAAAGAAACAUUUUUUUUAUCCAGAAAGUCAUUUAAUACCAAAUUUUAACUUGUGAAUCCAUAUUACAUUGUUUUCAGUUGAUACACAAGGGAUGCUGAUAAUCGGCAAUGUUGAAAUUCAAGCAAGUACAAUCUCGACGAGUUGAUUAAAAAACUGGAACUUUGGGGUUAAGGUGAGAGAGUGAGUGAGUGAGGUGGGUUUAACGCCGAUUUGAACAGUAUUCCGGUUAUAUCACCGUGACAGCCUUAUGUGGGAGGGAAGCCAGAAGUCGGGCAGGUCUCAGAUGUUACCACUUUGGUGAAACCCACGAGCACGGGUAUGGUGCUGACAAGCCUGGAAACAUAAUCGGGGCGAACCGGGAUUCGAACCCACGAUCUAGGUCUUAGCGCGUCCAGGGAACCCAAGUCUGCACAGUGAAUUAGACGACUGGGCCACCUGGGCCUCCUGAGGGUUAGAGAACAUGUUGACCCUGGUGAAACUAGGAAGUGUUGGGGUAGUGGAUUCUCCUGGAACUGGGGGCACGGGUGGCCCAGUCGUCUAAGGCGCCGCGAUUCGCUGUGCAGAGUUGCGUCCCUUGGGCACGCCAGAAACCUAUGAUUGUGGGUUCGAAUCCCGGUUCGCCCCAAUGAUGUUUC